CCCUUUCUUCAUUUCCUUCGUCUUUUACUCUUUCUUUUGUGUUCACUUCAAUCCAGUUUCAUGGCAUCUACCUCUAAAACUCGAACUCGCGCACAGCUUCAAGAAUUUGAACUAUCCUCAGUGCCCGCUUUUGCCCAAUACAAGCCUCCCACAACUAAACUUGCCUUCCAAAGCCCUAAGAGGUAUCAUGUGUUUCUGAGUUUCAGAGGACCAGAUGUGAGAAAGUCUCUCGUUGAUCAUCUCUUUCAAGCUCUCUCUGCAGCAGGGCUCAAUGUCUUCUUAGACAGUGAAAAAUUGGAAAAGGGGGAAACGAUUUGGAAGAGCUUGGAAAGAGCAAUCGAGAGCAGUGUUAUACGCAUUCCUAUAUUUUCCAAAGGCUAUGCAGACUCAGUAUGGUGUCUGAGGGAGGCCGCUGCAAUGUUGAGCUCCCCUGGCUUGAUAAUUCCUCUGUUUUACCAGGUAGAUCCAACUCAUGUUAGGUAUCCUGAAAGUAGCUCCAGUCCCUAUAAGCAAUCAUUUAUUAAGCAUUAUGGCCUUUCUGAUCGAUACCCAAGAGAAGAGAUUGAGGGGUGGAAGCGUGCCCUUCGACGCAUUUGUAAACGUUCAGGAUGGUCCAUGGAUAUAACUGAAGGCUUUGAAGCUCGGCUAGUAAGGACGGUGGUGAAUGAUCUGGUUAAGACAUUGGACAGGGUGCCGUUAGAAGUUGCCAAGCAUCCAGUUGGAUUGGACAGCGUGAAGAAUGCUCUCAUUCAGAAACUGAAUCUCAAUUUAGCGGAUUAUGUGAUUAAAAUUGGAAUAUGGGGAAUUGGGGGUAUUGGUAAGACCACAGUUGCGAAGGCUGUUUACAAUCAUGUUUAUACUGAUUUUGAAGCUGCAUCCUUUGCAUUUAAUGUCCGCACUACUGCUGGAGACCAUGCAGGCCUUAGAAAUUUACAAAAACAAAUUCUUGAAGAGCUAACCAAAUAUGACGGAAAAGUGCAUAGUGUUGAUAAGGGCAUAUCAUUGUUCAGAGAUCGUUUGAGAGGAAAGCGUGUGCUGCUUAUAUUGGAUGAUGUGGAUUCUGUUGUACAAUUGGAUGCUUUGGUUGGAAAUUGGCUGGCUCCUGGCAGUAGGGUUAUUAUAACUUCAAGAGAUAAACACAUUCUAAAUGUUGGUAGGGUUUCAUCCCAAUGCGUCCACGAGAUGAAUGGAUUGGAGAUAACUGAAGCUCUCCAUUUAUUCAGCUGGCAUGCUUUUCUUAGAACAUCUCCAAUUCCCAAUUAUGAAGAUCUCUCCAAAAGAAUAGUGGAAGCUUGUAAAGGGCAUCCUCUUUCAUUGGAAGUGAUUGGAUCCUUCCUGUAUGAUAAGCAAGAUGACACAGGUUGCUGGACAGAAGCCCUUCACAACAUUACUUUGAAUCAAGACAUCGAUGAAAGACUCAAAAUCAGUUAUAAUGCUCUGAAUGAAGAGGAAAAAGAAAUAUUUGUGGAUAUUGCUUGCUUCUUUAUUGGAGAACAGAAAACAUGUCCCAUUGUUUUCUGGAAAUCCUUGUACAAGAUGGUAGACACAGCUGUAUCCAAUCUUUCAAUGAAAUUACUGAUAAAAAUUGACAACAAUGGAAUAUUUGAUAUGCAUGAUCAUUUGCGAGAUAUGGGGCGGACCAUUGCUGAAAAAGAAAAAAAGGGCACCCGACUAAGGAAGGCUGACCAUUUAAACACCGUAUCCAAUGUCAGUUUCUCUCGCCUUCGGCUCAAUGCAGAAAGGUUCAAAAUGUUUGGCAGACCUGGUUUUCACUACCAUCGUUUGCAUAAUAUGCCAAUUGAAGGCAUGACAGAAGACAUAGCAGCCAUGUUUCCUCCAGGUUUGACUCGCCUUCGGCUCAAUGGAGGCAAUCCACAAAGGCUUAAAACACUGUGCAGACCUAGUCUUAGCUAUCUUCAUUUGCAUAAUGUACCCAUUGAAGGCAUGACAGAAGACAUGCUAGCUGUGCUUCCUCCAAGUUUGACAUGGUUAAGACUGGAGCAUUGCCCCAUUGCAAUUGGGAAGAGAGGGGUAAUAAAGAAGAUGCUCGAAGCAAUAAUGAAGCCACGUCAUACCAGAUUUAUGAGAAAUAUUAGGCAGCUAAAAAUUAUGCAAGUAAAAGACACCAACACCUUUUUUAUCUCCUCCCUACUUUCACUUCCUAAUAUACAGCUGCAGCACUUGAGCAUGGAAAAGUGUGAAAGCUUAGAAAUUCUUCCUGAUGCUCUUGGCAACCUGUCAGAACUACUGCACUUGGAGUUGAGAGGGUGUAGAAGAUUAAAUAACCUCCCUGAUACCAUUGGCAAUCUGUCACAGCUGCAGUAUUUGAAUUUGGAAUUGUGUCUUAGGUUAAAUAACCUCCCUGAUAGUAUUGGCAGUCUGUCACAGCUGAAGCACUUGAAUUUGAGAUGGUGUCACAAGUUGAUUAACCUUCCUGAUACCAUCGGCAACCUGUCACAAUUGCAGCAAUUGGAUUUGGAAGGGUUGGAUAAGUUAACUAAUCUUCCUGAUACUAUUGGCAACUUGUCACAAUUGCAAUACUUGAAUUUGAGAUGGUGUUACAGGUUAAAUAAUCUUCCUAAUACCAUUAGCAACUUGUCACAGUUGCAACAAUUGGACUUGAGAGGGUGUAGAUGCUUAAAUAACCUCCCUCAUACCAUUAACAACAUGUCUCAGCUGCAGUAUUUUUUAUUUUGA